AUGGAGAAAACCUCCCAGACGACAGAGCCUGGCGAUGGCGGCCAUGGCAUCUUGUCGCAGCCUGCGCAUGCGUUGACGUAUGACGAGGCCAUCAAAGAGUUAAACACUCACCCGGACGAUGGUAUCACAUUAGCGGAAGCGAAGAAACGUCUUGAGCUGUACGGUCCAAACAUGCUUGACGAAGGAGAAGGCGUCUCCGUUGUCAAAAUCAUUAUUCGCCAGGUCCUUAUCAUGGCAAUGGCUGUCAGUUUCGGAAUCCAGUCCUUCAUUGAAGGAGGGGUUGUAGCUGCUGUUAUUAUCUUGAAUAUUAUCGUGGGAUUUUUCCAGGAAUAUGCUGCUGAAAAGACCAUGGACUCUCUCCGAUCUUUGAGUUCUCCGACCGGUACAGUGUCACGAGAAGGGGAGACCAAGACUAUUCCUUCCACGGAUAUUGUCCCAGGAGACAUGGUCGAACUUAAGACUGGCGACACUGUCCCUGCUGAUAUCCGACUUGUCGAAGCUGUCAAUUUUGAGACGGAUGAAGCACUUCUUACUGGCGAAUCUCUUCCCGUUCAAAAGGAUGCCGAGCUUACUUUCAAAGCAGACAUUGGACCUGGUGAUAGGCUGAACAUUGCCUACAGCUCAUCCACUGUUACUCGGGGUCGUGCACGAGGAGUUGUCAUAGCGACGGGAAUGAAAACCGAGAUUGGAUCUAUCGCUGCUGCUCUUCGUGCCUCGAAUAGCAAACGUCGACCUGUCAAGCGAGGCCCAGGUGGCGAAACCAAGAAGCGAUGGUACUUGCAAGCAUGGGCUUUAACAGGAACUGAUGCCGUAGGAAGAUUUCUUGGUGUCAACGUGGGAACUCCGUUGCAACGCAAGUUGUCUAAGCUUGCUCUCUUGUUAUUUGGAGUUGCUGUUCUCUUUGCAAUCGUCGUGAUGAGCGCAAAUAAAUGGAGCAGCUCGAAUGAGGUCAUCAUCUAUGCAGUCGCGACGGGUUUGAGUAUGAUCCCAGCUUGCCUAGUUGUUGUUCUGACCAUUACCAUGGCUGUCGGGACCAAGAGAAUGGUACAGAGGAACGUCAUUGUCCGGAAACUCGAUUCCCUCGAAGCUCUCGGCGCCGUGACUAAUAUUUGCUCCGAUAAAACCGGAACAUUAACUCAAGGGAAAAUGGUGGCCAAAAAGGCUUGGAUUCCUUCAAUGGGAACGUUUUCUGUUGGAAAUUCUAACGAACCUUUCAACCCAACAGUUGGAGAUGUCGGUUUUGAUAAGCUUACGCCUCUUGAAACUGAUGCCCAUGCUGACCGACAACCCAUCUCCCCUGCAAAUUUUGUGAAGGAGGAAGCCCUGGAACAAUUCCUGGAUGUUGCUUCCAUGGCGAAUCUUUCUCACGUCUACACAUCGGAUGCAGGAGAAUGGCACGCUCGUGGUGAACCAACAGAAAUCGCUAUCCAAGUGUUUGCCUCUCGUUUUAACUGGAAUAGGGAUCGAUGGACUAAGGGCCAGGGUGCUGUUUGGCAUCAAAAGGCAGAAUUCCCCUUUGAUUCCGAUGUGAAGAAGAUGUCCGUUAUUUACCACAAACUUACGCCAUCAGAAGAACGACGAAUGGUCUUUUCGAAAGGAGCCGUGGAACGUAUUUUGGAUGCUUGUGUAACCGCCGUUUGGAAUCCCGGAGAAGGGCCAGUUACUCUCACAGACCAAAUGCGUGAGCAAGUACUUGAAAAUAUGGAAUGCUUAGCAAAACAAGGUCUCCGUGUCUUAGCUCUCGCUGGUCGUGAGUAUAAGGACUCUGUUCUGGAGGAUGCAGAGGUCAGUCGCGAGGAUGUUGAAAAGGAUUUGCGUUUUCACGGACUGAUUGGGCUGUACGAUCCGCCCCGCCCUGAAACUGCUGGAUCUAUCAAAGAAUGUUAUAAUGCCGGUAUUGAAGUUCACAUGGUGACUGGUGAUCAUCCCGGAACGGCUCGUGCCAUUGCUGCCCAAAUUGGCAUCAUCCCAUCCGACUUAAGCAGCGUCUCGAAAGAGGUCGCCGACGCGAUGGUAAUGACAGCAAGCCAAUUCGAUAAAUUGUCAGAUGAAGAGAUCGAUAAAUUGCCCACUCUUCCGCUUGUUAUUGCCCGAUGCGCACCCCACACUAAAGUGCGCAUGAUUCAAGCACUACAUCGUCGUGGCCGGUUUGCCGCUAUGACUGGUGAUGGAGUCAAUGAUUCGCCUUCUCUGAAACAUGCUGAUGUUGGCAUUGCCAUGGGCCAGUCUGGAUCUGAUGUUGCUAAAGACGCCUCUGAUAUUGUUCUAACAGAUGAUAAUUUCGCUUCCAUCCUGAAUGCUAUUGAAGAAGGCCGUCGCAUUUUUGACAACAUUCAAAAAUUCGUUUUGCAUCUGCUAGCUGAAAACAUCGCACAGGCUUGCACUCUAUUGAUUGGUUUGGCUUUCAAGGACAGAAAUAACCAGUCCGUCUUUCCGCUUGCACCUGUCGAGAUCUUGUGGAUUAUCAUGAUUACAUCUGGGAUGCCGGACAUGGGACUUGGCAUGGAGAUUGCUGCACCAGAUAUCAUGGACAGACCACCGCAGAGCAAACAAGGUAUUUUCACGACCGAAAUUAUUGUUGAUAUCAUCGCCUACGGCGUUUGGAUGUCUGCCCUCUGCCUAGCUGCUUUUUCGCUCGUUAUGUUUGGGUUCGGUGACGGCGACCUUGGAAUUUCUUGCAACGAACAUUACAGCCCUGAGUGUGACACCGUAUUCCGUGCUCGUGCCACAACCUUCGUCUGCCUGACUUGGUUUGCGCUCUUCCUUGCCUGGGAGAUGGUCAAUAUGCGCCGCAGCUUUUUCCGCAUGCAACCAAAAUCGAAGAAGUAUUUCACCCAAUGGAUGUAUGAUGUAUGGCGUAACCAGUUCCUUUUCUGGGCCAUCAUUGCCGGCUUCGUCACCAUUUUCCCUCUUCUUUACAUCCCGGUCAUCAACCACAAAGUCUUCAAACAUACUGGUAUCACUUGGGAAUGGGGUAUUGUUUUUAUUGAGUCUUUCUUGUUCUUCCUGGGUGUCGAAACCUGGAAAUGGGGCAAACGCAUCUACUUCAGGCGAUGUACCCGGCGAGAUCAGAAAGUGCCCCAUGGAGCAGGCGAGCGAACUCAUGACGACGAGCAAUGA